AUGGCUCCAAAUAUCAACAAAAACAAUAAAGAAGGUGAACCUAAGAAACGAUCUGGAAAAGGGGGAGGAAAUUCCGAGGUUGUAGCUCCGCCGCCUAAUUCCAAUCCUCCGGAAAAUUCUCCAGCGGAAUUGCCACCGCCACUGCCACAACCACCGUCUAAGUCUCGUACGACGCCUAAAGCUUCCCCGCCAUCGGAAUCAGUAUCACCUUCGCCGCCACCACCAAAGCCAACACAAUCACCACCGCCACUUUCUCCUCCACCACCUUCACCGCCACCUCCAUCACCGUCUCCACCACCACCCUCCCUUCCACCGCCGCAACUGUCACCGCCGCCUGCACACAAUGUGAAUUCUUCAUCCCCUCCUUAUUUGCCACGUAAACGUCCGUCUCCAUCGCAGUUUCAAUCCCCGCCUCCCUUGGGGAAGAAGUCUUCACCCUCAAAAGAUUCACCUUCUUCUUCUUCUUCUAAACCCUCGAAAGAUUCACCUUCUUCUUCUAAACCCUCGAAUGAUUCACCGAAUGAUGCCUUGCAUGCAAAAUCAAGAGAUUCUUCUCCGCCUAGCUCCUCGCCCGCUGAAAUAGUUGGUUACACCCUUGCCGGAGUUUUUGUUGUUGCCUUAGUUGCUGUAGCUGUUAUUCUCGUGUUUAGGAGGAAGAAAACGAAAGGAGAUGUGUAUGGUGCACCCUAUAUACCACCACCUCAUGGUAUUAGUUUUCAAGUAAAACCAAGUGCUAAUGGACAUUACUAUGUACAGCAACCUUCGUAUGGAAAUAUCUAUAGCAAUGGGAACGUUGGAGGAAGCACCAUGAAGCCGCCUUUAGGAGGAGGUCAUUUAGAUUCGGCACAGCCCAUAAGUGCUCAAAUAGUUUUUAGUUAUGAGAUGGUAAUGGAAAUAACCAAUGCAUUUUCACAUCAAAAUGUGAUAGGGCAAGGAGGAUUUGGGUGUGUUUACAAGGGUAGGCUACGGGACGGAAAAGAAGUGGCGGUCAAGACUCUUAAGGCUGGUAGUGGGCAGGGAGAUAGGGAAUUUAGGGCUGAAGUUGAGAUCAUUAGCCGUGUUCAUCAUCGACAUUUGGUAUCAUUGGUUGGUUAUUGCAUAUCAGAGCAGCAAAGAGUGCUUAUCUAUGAGUUCCUCCCAAAUGGAAAUCUUCAUCAUCACUUGCAUGGAAGGGGAAUGCCAGUGUUGGGGUGGGCCAAUAGGUUGAAGAUAGCUAUUGGUGCUGCAAAGGGUUUGGCAUAUCUGCAUGAGGACUGCAGCCAAAAGAUUAUUCACAGAGAUAUUAAAUCCGCCAACAUACUUUUGGAUGAUGCUUUUGAAGCACAGGUUGCGGACUUUGGACUUGCAAGGCUAGCUGAUGCUGCGAAUACACAUGUAUCAACUAGGGUUAUGGGUACAUUUGGGUACAUGGCUCCGGAGUAUGCAACAAGUGGAAAAUUAACAGAUAGAUCAGAUGUUUUCUCAUUUGGUGUUGUCCUGCUUGAGCUUGUAACCGGAAGAAAACCAGUUGAUGAAACUAUGCCUUUGGGAGAUGAGAGUUUGGUUGAGUGGGCUCGUCCACAACUCAUCCAUGCAUUUGAGACACGUGAUUUUGGUGAACUAGUAGAUCCAAGAUUAGAAAAACACUAUGUGGAGAGUGAAAUGUUCAGAAUGAUAGAGGCAGCUGCAGCUUGUGUUCGACACUCAGCACCUAAACGGCCUCGUAUGUCUCAGGUGGUAAGAGCUUUAGACACUGGAGAUCAAAUAUCUGAUUUGUCAAAUGGGGUGAAAUAUGGUCAGAGCAGAGUUUAUGAUUCUGGCCAAUAUGACAAAGAGAUCAUGCUAUUCAGGAUGAUGGGCAAUGGCAGCUAUGGUGAUUCUUCUGAUUAUGAUAUAUACAGUGCAGGAUCCGGUCAUUCAAGAGAGAAUUCGAGACCACGGCAUGCAUGGAUGCAUAGUGGUUCGAGUACCGAGUCAGAAUCUAAAGCUUUCAAUAACCAUAGAUGCAGUAGUACAGAAUGA